AUGACGAUGAUAGCACGGGUAGCUGAUGGGUUACCAUUAGCUGCAUCAGUUCAAGAAGAUGAACAGGUUGGUUUCAAUUACUUUUUCUUUUCUCUUUUUGGUGCUUUUCAUUUUGUUCAUCUUGCUGUCUCUCUUGCUCAGUCUCUUCACCUGUCACUUUCUCUGUCUGUCCAACCUAUUCUCCCCCUUUUUCUGUCAGCCCCUUCAUUUAAUCUAUCUCUCUCUCUCAGCCAGUUCAUCCAUCUCUCUCUCUCUCAGCCAUCCAUCCAUCUCUCUCUCUCAGCCAGUUCAUCCAUCUCUCUCUCUCUCAGCCAGUUCAUCCAUCUCUCUCUCUCUCAGCCAGUUCAUCCAUCUCUCUCUCUCUCAGCCAGUUCAUCCAUCUCUCUCUCUCUCAGCCAGUUCAUCCAUCUCUCUCUCUCUCAGCCAGUUCAUCCAUCUCUCUCUCUCUCAGCCAGUUCAUCCAUCUCUCUCUCAGCCAGUUCAUCCAUCUCUCUCUCUCAGCCAGUUCAUCCAUCUCUCUCUCUCAGCCAGUUCAUCCAUCUCUCUCUCUCAGCCAGUUCAUCCAUCUCUCUCUCUCAGCCAGUUCAUCCAUCUCUCUCUCAGCCAGUUCAUCCAUCUCUCUCUCUCAGCCAGUUCAUCCAUCUCUCUCAGCCAGUUCAUCCAUCUCUCUCUCUCAGCCAGUUCAUCCAUCUCUCUCUCUCUCAGCAGUUCAUCCAUCUCUCUCUCUCUCAGCCAGUUCAUCCAUCCAUCUCUCUCUCUCUCUCUCAGCCGGCCAGUUCACCCAUCUCUCUCUUUCUCUCUCUCAGCCGGCCAGUUCACCCAUCUCUCUCUCUCUGUCGGCCAGUUCAUCCAUCUCUCUCUCUCUGUCGGCCAGUUCAUCCAUCUCUCUCUCUCUCUCUUAGCCAGUUCAUCCAUCCAUCUCUCUCUCUCUCUCAGCUAGUUCAUCCAUCUCUCUCUCUCAGCCAGUUCAUCCAUCUCUCUCUCUCUCUCAGCCAGUUCAUCCAUCCAUCUCUCUUGCUCUCUAAAUGUUCACCUCUCUCUAUCCUCCUCUCAUAUAUUUUUUUAAAGUCUGGCAGUUGUAAUUUUACCUCAAAAUAA